AUGUAUCACAUGAAAGUCAAAGAUAUUAUUGAUUACAAAAGCCGUUAAGAUAUUUUCUGUAAUUGGGAAAAAACGAAGCUCAAGGUCCCCUUGCAUUUCAAGUUUCAAAACAUAGUGAAGCUAGAUAAUAAUUAAUUUUUCUUCAUUGGAUAGACUUCUAAAUCUAUGAUUAUUUAUAAGCUUUACGAAAAAUAAGUUUUACUGCUCCACGAGCAAAAGGGUUUUACCAUUUAGCAAGCCUCCUAUACAUAAGGUUUAAAUAGAUUUAUUCUUAUAAUUGGAGGAUAUCAAGUAUUUGAUUAGAAAUCUCAAUCUAAAUUGCACAAAACUCUAAAUUAAAGCUAAAAUUCAAUGCAUUUGAAAGUUACAUAUUUUGAUACAAUGCGAAAUGAGUUUAAAGAUGACAAUAGAUUUGGAAAACUUAAUAAAUAAAGACUGGAUUGUGGCACAGCAGUAACUGGUGUUAAAAAUAACUUGCUAUAUGUAUUUGGAGGAAUUAAAAAGAUAAUAACAAAACCAGAAGAGGUAAAGUCAAAUAAUGAAUUUACUUAUGAGAAACAGAACUUAAAUAAUCCUAAUAAAUCUUUUGAAAUGCUUUAAUUCAAACAUGAUUCCCAAAUUUUCUAAAUUGACUCAGUAAUACAUCUUAAAGAUCAGCAUUUUAUUCUAUUUGGAUAGGAAUUUAAAUUGAACGAUAAAAAGUAAAUGGCUUUGUAUAAUUAAGUUAAAUUUUUUGAAGAAGAGUAAAAUCAUCAAUGGAUUUUAAGUGAUUUGUGUGAUACUUUAUAUUUAAAAGGAAGUUAGCCCAAGAUCUUAGAAAAAUGCAAAUCAAAUCAUAAUUAUCAAGAUAUAUAAGUGAUAGGAGAUACCUAUGUUUUAUCAAAUGAAUAUGGAGUUUUCAUCUACGAAUUUAAAAACAUAUUCUAACUAAGAACAUUUUAUAGAUGUGGUACUGAAAUGAUUACUUCCUUAAAAUGA